GAGAGAGAGAGAGAGAAAGAAAGAGGAAGGAACUGAUGGCCAACUUUAAUAGAUCAAAUGACCGCGCGUUUGUUGAUUGCCUUCAAAUGAGUGCACAAAAGGUUCUAUGACCUCCAUGGCGCAUAUUGACGAUAUAUUGCUUCAAUGGUGCGCGGUCAGUAUGCGUGUGACACGCGGUGCAUGUGUGUGUGUCAAUAUGCUUUGCCGGAGAAAAGGGAACCUCCGAUAAACAAACAAGGCCCCGGCCAGCGAUCAUAACCGGCUCAAGACGGUACUUACAACACCCCGUUCGGAAGAAAAUGAUCAGUAAGAAGAGCGCCUCAAAGUGGUACAGAAGUUCGCACACACCAACACCACCACGUUCGGGCCGAGAAAAUUGCCGACCGGCCCUCCCCACUACAAACCGUCAAGGUUCGGUUAAUGUUUCGCUGCGCAAAAUACUUUUCUGUAUCGAUCGGUGAUCCGUUGCGUUUGACAACCGUGGCGUCGUUUGACCUUCUCCAGUAGAGCCAAUACAGUGCUGGCUUUGUGGUUGAGUGAGCACCAGCACGUUCCACCAACACAACCUACGCACAAACCACCACCCUCUUCCAGCGCCGUCCAGCGCUGCAACUGCAACAGCCCCACCGGCACUAUGCGUCGCUCAGCCACGUGGACGUACACACGGGCCGCGCCACCAUGGUCGACGUCGACGACAAGCUGUCCACGAAGCGGAUCGCCAAAGCGCAAGCGACCGUGUACGUUGGACCUACCAUCGCGGCGCUCAUUGAAAACAACGAGCUGAAGAAAGGCGACGUCCUCUCGAUCUCACAGAUGGCCGCCAUAGUGGCGGCAAAGAAAACGUCCGAUCUGAUCCCACUGUGCCACAACAUCCCGCUGUCCUCGAUCAAGGUGGAAACGAACCUGAACAGCUCCACGCACGAGGUGCACAUACUGGCGAAGGUGAAGUGCGACGGCAAGACGGGUGUGGAGAUGGAGGCCCUGACCGCCGUUUCGAUUGCCGCCCUGACCGUGUACGACAUGUGCAAGGCGGUCUCGCACGAGAUCCUGAUCAAGAACAUUAUGCUGGUGGAGAAGACCGGCGGCAAGAGCGAGUUCUACCGGAAGCAGUUCGGUCACGAUGCGUCCACGCUGGAGACGCGCACGAUGGAGCAGCGCGCGCCGGAACGGAUGCCGCCGCCAACGCGCCCCUACCGGACCGAUCCGAUCGUCACGAACGAACAGUUUGUGCCGAUGUACAUCUGAAGGCCAAAAGUCAACCCCCGUCGUGUCGUCCCCCGGUCUCACUCACCAAAAGCAAACAAAAAAACUACAUCCGCUUUGCGUGUGCGUAGCGUGCCGUUGUGUGCCUUUAUUCAUUAAGCAAGCGUUUCUUUCCUACAUACACACACACACACACACACACGCGCGCGCACUCCUCAUCGAUCGUCCACGGCCGUUUGGCCCCAGUCCAGUGCCAUCCGGCUGCUGCCACGUGAUAUUGCCUGCAGCCGUACCACCAGCUCCCCGUACGUCUCGCACGCGAGACCCUUGUGUUUGGAGCCGUCGGCCAGUAUCUUGGGAUCGCGCAGUUCCGGAUUCACGCCGCUCAGCCAGCUCAUCGCCGCGGAGCAGAGGUUCGAGUACUUGGGGAUGAAGAGUGGUGCUCGUAUUGUCCUCUCCGAGCCCGUGCCGCUCAGCGGACAGUGAACCCGCGCAUAGCCACGGUUCGUUUCCACGUUCCAGAUGUUGGCACCGUACAGGCUGAACACGAUCUGGGGCCAACCGUGCGGGUUGGUGGAUUUCAUCGUAAACUCUACCGGCAUGUUAAACACGACCGUGCGAUAGUCCGACUCGGUGCGGGCGCUCUGCGUGACGGCCGAUCGGAGACCGGAGACGAGUUCCCAGUCGGGGCCGGCCACAAUGUCGUACCGGCAGAACAGACCACCGCCGUCCGGGCCCAUCGGGAAGUGGGCGGAUUCGAGCUGGCCCGUCACGGUUAGAUGGAAGAAGCUUUCGCUCUCGCCGGAUGUUAGCUGCAGUUCGAGCAUCUUUUUUCACAACGAUAUAUGAGCACUCACGCGGGGACACACACACACACGUGGACAUGCAAUAGAAUUGAUUGGAAAAGUCGACCAAACGACCGAGCAAAACGAACACAAAACGCCAAGAACUUGCUUUCGAAGGAAAAGAAACGGAUGUGCUGAAUACAACCUCUUCUGUUGUGUUGCCGACAUAUAACCAUUUCCAUGGCAACGCCACCAAUACACGCACACACACCCAAAGGUGCGUGUUGACGUUGUAACAAGGCGGUACAAGUGUAAGCAUUUUUGGGAAUUAUUUUGUUAGCGGUUAGCGGGUAAGUGAACAAAAAACAGUGACAAACGUUUAGAAAUAGCAUUAGACUACACACACACAAUCACGGGCAAAGCGAGCUCGUUACUGUGGGGAGGUAUAUCUUUGUUUUAGGUGUAUGUACUUCUAUUUUACAUCACACAAUAAAUCACUUGCACAGACUA